CUCACCACGCUCCCGCCGCAGCCAAUCAGGACAGGUGCGCCGCACCGCUUCAGCCAAUCGUCGUUCACGGAUCCCUUCAAAGGACAAGCUUCCCCGGAUCUUCUUGCUCGUCAGCCGUGCUUCGACUCUACGUAUGCGCUUUUCAACCUCUCCCACAUUCAGUCAGCUAGUCAGCUGCCUCCCGUCCGCCAGCAUUCCCGGUCCUUCAGUCCCUAAUUCAGCUCGCAGAAGCACCUUCCGAUCAUCUUCGCCCUCUUUCAGAACCAGAUACAGGGAGUGUCCCUCACCUGCCGGCUGCGCUCCUGUCGACUCCCAGUCAUUCCUCACCGAUCUAACCACCCUAUCAAGCCUGCAUUCGGCCUCCAUUGAUGUCUUCCCCUCAUUGAUGACGCAGGCGUCCUCUGGCAUCCGCCUGGUUCCCCGUUCCGGCUCACCAUCGUCAGUUGCUACGGCUCACUGGCGCUGUCAACCUGCAGCCAAGCGCUGGUUGUCUCCACGAUCCGCCGUGGCUCCAUUGACGCACGUCGGCUCUUCCUCCUCGUCCCAUCAUGGACUCGAUCCGUUGCCCAUCUUCUCUACCAGUCCACCUCCAGGAGAAAACCGAAAUCAGACCGCUACGCUCACCUCCGCGUAUCGCCUGCGUCAACCUCAACCCUCUAACAGUCAGUUUCACCUGCACAGCAAUCCGAACUGCACGAGCGUUCUCUUUCAAGUCAUUCACUUGUGGCAAUACCACCCGCACCGACGGCUUCCUUUCCUCCUCAUUCAUUGGUUCCGACUCCUCUCAAGGAGGCACUCACGCAGCGAAUAAGCAGGCAUGCGCUCUAAGAGGUCCGUGCCAUCUGCACAGUCGCAGUCCAACACACGCGUCAGGAUACGACUAGCCAGCGUUUUGAUAAAUGCACGAUCUCUCACGUUUGUCACAAUUGCUACGUAAUCUCUGCUGGAGCUAUUCGCAAUGAACCACAAAGCGCACUCGCAUAAACAAGCGUCGUCCUUGAUAGCCUGAUGGCUUAUCACCAAGUCUAACCGUCGUGUGGAGGCCAAGUUUAUGUAGAAAAUAUUCAGUUACCAAAAAAAAACAAAAAAAAAAAAAAAAAACGUAUUCGUUUAAUCAGUGAUUUAAUAAAAGAAUUUGUUGAGGUUUAGGAAGUAUUAUUAUAUUGUAUGUAGCUUAAUUCAUAAUGUUUUAAGUGUUUUAUUUUAAGUUUGUAUGCCUUAUAACUUCAUUGGCCACUUUGAAAUUUAUGCAAAAGAGGUGAGGAGCCUGGUGUUAUAGAGGGGGAAAAAGGCGAGGUCGCUGCAGUGAGAAUCGACAGAGCCGCACAGUUUUUUAACCGUAGUUCGUUCUGUGGAGGUUAUUUAAGAUUUGACUGCUCAUGUAAAGGAUAACACAAGUAACUGUGGAAUAAAUCUUUUUGUUUUACAUCUUUACAUCGGAGCGCUGUGGGAGUUUUUGUUUUCCUCCUCAAACACACGAGUGAAAUCAGCGAAAUUAACCUUGUGGCAACACACGUCACCUGCGAUAAAGCUUACAAAGAUCUAACUUCCCUGGCAUGUGGCCGUUUACCUAAAACUGUUAUCGCUUGUCCCUCCCUGUCGGUUGCAAACGUAACCCAGG